GGACCGGACCAGUGUGGAUCUCUCCUUGCGAUCUCAGCUGGGUGGUCAUUCAGUGAAGCGCACCUUGAGGCCAUCCAAUGCCUUCGUGGGGGCUGAGAUCACCUUUGCUGCUGGCCAGGUCCUCACCAAGAUUGCUGAGCAGAGCGAUCGCUUCCGCUUGCUGCUGAAGUCCAAGUGGACCGGUGCUGAUGUUUCCAAACCACUGCUCAUUGGUCGCCCGCAACUCACUCCGCCUAUUCAGACGCUCUAUGGGCAUCAUGUGGUCAUUGCCACUGGCGGCUUUGGACACGACAUCAAGGAGAUGGAAAGCCUGCUGCUCAAAUAUCGUCCCGACUUGGCGGACUUUCCCACGACCUUGGGCUCGCAGACCACGGGAGAUGGCGUGAAGCUGGCGCGCGACCUGGGCGCGCGCCUCGUGGCCGCUCGCAUCGAGGAAGGCGAAGGAAGAGUGGGUGAAGGAUUCCGGGUGGAAGAGUGGGUGGAACUGCCAGGGAAAACCAGCAAAGACCUGGUGUUCCCUUAA